AUGGUGCGCCAGCAGAUCCACAAGGUGGAUAAGCCGCGAUCCGCAGAGCAGUGGGCCACUCUGACGAGUGGCAAAGAAGAUUGCAAGUGGCACUCGCCGAGCAAGCGCCGCUUCAUCCAAGACAUCUCCGGCGAGUGGGUGCUCUACACCCCGACAGGGUCAGUCUUCGACGGCCUGAAGGAGUACCUGCUCCUGACCCAUUUCCUACCGGCGGAGCCGCUGCCCUCGAAGACCGAGGACAUCCUCUUCGCCAGCCAGGUGCAAGUCUUCCACGCGACCAGCCUGCGGCUUUUGAAUCCGCGCGGCUGGCACAACCUAGCCCACAGAGGCUGGCCUUCAUUUCCUCGAGGGCUUCAAGACCCCAAUGCAAGACCACGCAAGCUUUGUUAG